GUCAGCAGCAGCAUGCGUAAACGCCGGGAAGAAAUGGCCGCGGCCAUCUGGGCCAUUCUAGAGGAGCGCCAGCGUGUCAUCACCUUCUCCUAUUCGCGUGUACUGGAGCAGCUGCGCGCCCAGUCUGAGCGCAUGAUCGCGGCGGAGGCCUUCGAGGACGGUCUCAACGUCCUGCGCAAUUCCAACAAGAUUGAAUGGGCCGGAAACACCAUCCGAAAACGCUAG